AUGGACACCUCGCUUUCCUUCUCCCUGUUGCUACCAGAGGAGAAGCCUGUGGCUGAACUGUGGGGCUGCCAGCUGGGUGCCGGUGCCCGGAGCUGCGUGGUGAAGGAGGCUGAUGACUUGUUGGAGCACCUGCUGCUGCUGAGAACGAUCUGCCUGGGGGCCGACGCCGGGGACGAGCUGCACGUGGUGGCUGUUGACUCCAAAAACGCCUCCGGGGAGCACAGGCCGGUGCCCAUCGCCACGCUGCGGAGCUCGGUGCUGCCCAUGAUCAGCCUCAGAGCUCUGGAGCUGGUCCCUCCUGUCACCUUUGUGCUCCAGUGUGGGUCUGGGCCAGUCUAUCUCAGCGGGCAGCUUGUCACCUUGGAAGAUGAUGUCAGCUCUGAAGAUGAGGAGGAAGAGCUCUCGGAGGAAGACGCAGGAGAUGAAGAUGGUGAUGGGGGAUCGUAG